GCUGCUGCUGCUGCUGCGCUCUGACUCUCUGCCACCUCUUUCCUCUCCUUUCUCUUCCUGCUUUGCUCCCUUCCUUCUGAUCACACUCCCGUAUGGAGACCAAUCAUCCAGAUCAGCUCUCAGUAGAGCAGCCAACUCCCCCAGGGGCGAACUCAUCACUCAAUCAAAAUGUCCCGGGCAAGCAAGAUGGCCAGCAAUCCUCAACCUCAGGUCAAGCGCCAGAGCAAGAGGCAAGCCUGCAUACUGAGAAGGGAGCCCACGAUAUCUCCGAAGAGUUGAGCCGACAACUGGAAGACAUCAUAAGCAUGUACGGGUCUGCUGUCAGUCCCACGGGGAAGGAAGGCACCUCCGAAACGAAGGAGCAGCCCCAAAACACAGAGGCACCGGACAAUGAGGAUGGUGACUGUGACGAGACCACUGAAGAGGCAGACAGAGAACCCGCUGCUCCUGAAGAGCCAGCCACAGCCAAAGAGCCUGUCAGCAAUAAAGAGCAAAAGCUGGAAAAGAAAAUCUUAAAAGGAUUAGGUAAAGAAGCUAACUUGCUCAUGCAAAAUCUGAACAAGCUGCAGGCACCUGAAGAAAAGCUUGAUUUUUUAUUCAAGAAAUAUGCUGAAUUGGUGGAUGAACACCGCACCGAGCAGAAGAAGCUAAAGCUCCUACUGAAACAGCAGGCACAAACCCAGAGAGAGAAGGACCAGUUGCAGAGUGAGCACAACAGAGCCAUCCUCGCUCGAAGCAAACUCGAGAGUCUGUGUCGGGAGCUACAGAGGCACAACAAGACGCUGAAGGAGGAAACCCUCCAACGGGCGCGCGAGGAAGAAGAGAAGAGGAAAGAGAUCACAAGUCACUUUCAGACUACCCUGACAGAUAUCCAGACUCAGAUAGAACAGCAGAGUGAACGCAAUAUGAAGCUCUGUCAGGAGAACACAGAGCUCGCAGAAAAACUGAAAAGCAUCAUCGACCAGUACGAGCUCAGAGAGGAGCAUCUGGACAAAAUAUUCAAACAUCGAGAACUGCAGCAGAAGCUGGUGGAUGCGAAACUCGAAGAGGCUCAAGAGAUGAUGCAGGAGGCAGAGGAGCGGCACAGACGGGAGAAGGAAUAUUUGCUGAACCAGGCGGCAGAGUGGAAACUUCAGGCCAAAGUGCUGAAGGAGCAGGAGACCGUGCUGCAGGCUCAGCUCACACUCUACUCGGGAAGGUUUGAGGAGUUCCAGAGCACACUGACAAAAAGCAAUGAAGUGUUUGCCACUUUCAAGCAGGAAAUGGAUAAGACAACCAAGAAAAUGAAGAGGUUGGAGAAGGACACAGCCACAUGGAAAGCCCGGUUUGAGAACUGUAACAAGGCCCUGCUGGACAUGAUUGAAGAGAAAGCCCUGCGAGCUAAGGAAUACGAGUGUUUCGUGAUGAAAAUCCAAAGGCUGGAAAACCUGUGUCGUGCUUUACAAGAAGAGAGGAAGGAACUCUACAAGAAAAUCAGAGAAGCAAAAAUGUCCGAAAAGGAAGACCAGGUUCAGCACACCUCUGACGAAGAGCCAGAGUCAAACGUCUCUGAAGAGAAAGAGGUGGACGUAGGGGAAGCCAACAGCGUUCAAAAUGCUGUGAAAAACCUGGCCACAGCUUUUACCAUCCUUCAUCAUCCAGAGUUCACCCCAGACCAAUCAAAGGAAAAACAACUGGCAGUGAAUGGUCCUCAAGAUGGAAGUGACGUCACCCCGCAGCAUCCUGAAACAUCGCAUUUAUACCAUCCCAACCCUUCCACUGCUUCAGGGAGUCCUCAGCCCCCUGUCAGCUCUCAGGCUGGGGCCGAGGGGGUCUGUGAGGCUACACCUGCCCCUACAGCCUGCUGUACCCCUGCAGAGGCAGAGCUACAAAGUCAGGGAGUCCCUGCAGGGAACACCCCAGGUCGGAAGUCCCAUAAGCUAGAGGCAAAAGCUUCUGGUCAGGGUCCACUGCCCCCAGCCCAGGGCUCUCUAUCUGUAGAAGAGGCAAAAUAUGAUAUUUCACCAUCCCCAGAGAGUGAGAGAGAUCCUGCUGUGGUGCCCGGCUGUGAAUCUAGGGAGCAACCCCCACCAGAAGUCACAGACAUCCCCCAUCUCCACAGAGAGCCCGAUGCCUGUCUCAACGGAGUAGACUAGGCCUCGUAGUUUCUUCUGGCUGUUCACCUGAUUGCAUCUUCCUCACAGCAGAAAGUCUGUUAAAGAAACUUCCAGGACUAGGAAGAGUUAGGGUCAAGACAUUUGUAAAGUUGUACAGAACGUUUCAAGUCUUUGCUGCUGUUUGCAAUAUAUAACUAAUACGGAAAUUUCUCUGUGAUUGUUAUUUUCCCAUUGGCAGCCAAACACAUCAAUAGCAAAUAUAUAUUACUUUCCCAUUAGGUUGGUACCUUAAUCCAGUUUAUUAGCAGUAAGAUUUUGUAUUUAACGACUCCCACUAUAACAUAUAAAUACACCGAGAUGGUACAUUUAUCUCCACAAAUAACCCAAUAGAUCUAUAAUGGAUACCCAGGUUCCAUUUAAAUAGCACGAUAUACAGUGUACCUAUGUAUAUAUACAACACACAUAAAUACGUUUAUCUAUACACAUAUACAUGAAUUUUCAUACAUGUAUAUAAAGACAUCAUAUAAGUAUAUUUCCCUUCUUACAGAUUUUUCUCUAUUGCAAGAUAUGCUUGUAAAAAAAAGUCUCUCUUACUUACACCCUGACUACAAUAGACUAAGGCUCUGUGAAUCAGAAGUAGCGUGUGUGUUACAAUGCCUGUGCACAAUGAGGAUCUUAAGAGGCCCUUAACAACAAAGGGACAAAACACAAACAGGAGAGUCUGAUCUCUAGUGCUUCUUCCCAUCUUCUCUGCCAGCUUCCUCCCAACUUCCCAGCAUCUCCUCCUGGGAAGAAGCAGCCUCCUCCUGGCUACCCAUGAGAAAGUAGUUGGAAACAGAGAAAGGAUCUAAAAUCUGAGAGGUUGAGUGUCCUCACCUUAGAGGAAGCAGGCUCUGGUCCCUGCCUUUUUGGCUACUGCUAUCUCAAGAAAACACUUCUUGUCUCUAACCUUGUCUUUACGUCAAAGCAUCUGUUCCUUCCAAAUUCCCUCCUUCGCAUCAAUGUGUGUUCCUGGCCCUCAUCUCCUCUGUUAAUGUGAAGUAAAAUGUAUUUUUCCAAAACAGAAAAUCCACACGAGCUCUCAAUAGGCGUGAUAAGGCUUACAAAACCAACAAAUUUCCUGCUCUAAGGAUCUUUGAACAGGCAGAAGUACAAAAAUUUUAAAGGGGAGGAGGGGUCCCUAGUCCUAAUUCAAAAAUAAUAGUCAAGAAGACGCCAUAGAUGCCAAAAGCAAGAAGCACUUGGGAUUAACAGAACGACUUGUGUACACUCAUUGUCGGCAAAAACCUCUAAUAACACUGACAGCAUAAAGCACUUUGCUUAGGCCAAAAGAAGACUAUAACAAAAAAACAGGAAGAGGUGGGAAGGAGGGAGACAGAAGGAGUGUAAAGAGAGAACUGUCUAAUCUAACUUUAUGUUAAGAAAUUGAACACAGGUAGAAAUACAGAUAAGGGAAGGUUCUUGAAAACUCAUCUAGGAAAUCAUUCUUCAGUGGUGCAUGUGGCUGUUUGCCACUGCGCACAAGGAGCCGGUAGGCAGUACCCAUAUGUCGAAGACAUUAUAAAACUGUAUAAAAUUUGUUUGAAGUAGUCAGUAAGGGAAGGAACAAAAAAAAAAUACCAUUUGGGGGAAAAUAAAUCAGGGGUUCUCAGUAUUUGAGAGCCCAUGUGUUUUCAGAGGCUUUGUGUGUUAUAACCACACGGGUAUCCAGCCAAGUUCAACACCACUGGAAAUUAGACAUUCAAUUAACUCAAAGCCAAAUAUUCACUACACUAAUCCCUUGUCUCUGUUUACAGGAGUUGAGCUUCAAAGAACAGAGUGGGAUCAUCACAGUUAGGUCUCGAUCCAAAAGCUUAGGAAGACAAACAGGCAGGAGGCACUGACAUCCAGUAAAUUAAGUAUUCUAAUAUCCAAAGUCUAUUAUUUUCAUCCAAGAAGGUUUCCCGGCAAUGUAUCACUCACAACUGUGUGUACCUUUGGCACCAUUUCUUCCCUGAGAUCUGUAAAGCUUUAAUACAGGCUUUGGGAGAAUUAUUUUAAUAGUCAAAGAAUGUUUUAUUAUAGUUCCUUGUGUUCAAACUUGGCCUUACUAAUCAUAACAACUCAGAAGAUCUGAGAGCAGAAAAUAUAUCUCUUUUUAUGAAGUUCAUAUAACUAUUUUUAGAGAUGCCAA